CGGGGACUCGGGUGCAUGAUGUGGGCUCGGUUGCUGGUUGGGGUGGGGGGCUCGGGGCUCUGGCUGCGGGCUUCCAGGGACCUCCGGGGUCUGCUGCGGGUCGGGGGAGCUGCAUGUGUGGGGAGGAGGCAGGCUUCAAGCGGAGAAGAGUGCCCAGUGAAGGGUCACUGCACGGAAGCCUUGAAGAAGACCCCGCUGUUUGACUUCCACAGGGAGCAGGGGGGGAAGAUGGUGGGGUUUGCAGGCUGGAGUAUGCCUGUUCAGUACAAAGACAGUCACAUUGCCUCUCACAUGCACACCAGAGAGCACUGCUCCAUCUUCGACGUCAGCCACAUGCUGCAGACCAAAGUCCACGGCAAAGACAGGGUGAAGUUCAUGGAGUCUCUAGUCGUUGGAGAUAUUGCAGAGCUCAAGGACAACCAGGGCACACUGUCCCUCUUCACCACGGAGAAAGGAGGGAUUAUUGAUGACCUCAUCGUGACGAGGACAGACCAGGGCUACCUGUACGUCGUGUCCAACGCGGGCUGCGCCGACAAGGACUCGGCUCGUAUGAAGGCCAGACUGGCAGAGUUCAAAGCUGCAGGUCUUGAUGUGGAUAUGGAGUUCCUCGAUGAAGCACUGAUUGCUGUGCAAGGUCCAUCCAUGGCUCAGGUACUCCAGCAGGGCCUGAAAGAGGACCUCAGUAAGCUGACCUUCAUGAACUCCACAUUGGCCACUGUGUUCGGUAUCCCCGGCUGUAGGGUCACCCGCUGUGGAUACACCGGAGAGGACGGGGUGGAGAUCUCCGUCCCGGCCUCCAGAGUGGUGGAGCUGACGGAGAAGCUGCUGUCUCACAGCGAGGUGAAGCUGGCGGGGCUGGGCUCCAGGGACAGCCUGCGGCUGGAGGCGGGGCUUUGUCUCUAUGGCAACGACAUAGAUGAGACCACCACACCUGUGGAAGGCACGCUGGUCUGGACCAUUGGUAAGCGGCGGCGUCAGACAAAGGAUUUCCCUGGUGCUGACAUCAUUGUUCCUCAGAUAAAAGCCAAGACAGCAAGGAAGAGAGUCGGUUUGGUGUCCACCGGCCCCCCCGUCAGACAACACACACCUAUACUCAGCCCCGAUGGAAAAGUCAUAGGUGAGGUGACCAGCGGCUGCCCCUCUCCAUGCUUAAAAAAGAACAUUGCCAUGGGUUACGUGGAUUCGGCAUUCGCUAAGAACGGAACAGCCAUCCAGGUUGAGGUCAGGAAAAAAGCUGUGCCCGCCACUGUCAGCAAGAUGCCCUUCGUCCCCACCAACUACUAUUCUGGAUAGGAGAGACACACACAUAAAGAAACAUACACUCACACUGGACCACUCCUCUACUCUGUCCCAUAUUCACCAAUGACGUACCCCCGUUUACCUCCAGCAAUGCAAUACCAAUGGAAGACUUAAUGCCUUCAUUGGCAAGUCCUCUAAGAGAAAAUAAUCCAAAACGAUAAACUUUUAUAGAGACAGUAUGUAUGCUGGAAAUUAAUUACAAACAGUAUUGUUGAGUCUGAGAAUGUAUGUAUGACUGUAGGGCCAAGAUACUGUGUUAACACGGUUUGCAGACCAAGUUUUUUUUGUAUUUUAAAGGUAGACUGCAGGUUAACUGAAUAAACUUACUGCACUUUCAGUAAGACAGAAACCCGUAACUGUGGACUCAUUUAAUUAACUUUUUUUUUUAUACAAGAUAGGUUUUGCUAAUGAAACAUGACAUAAUUGACUCUCUUACCGCUGGACCAAAACAAAGCCAUACCAAAUGGCUCUGCUGAUGUUAAAUCACUGUCUUUUUUUUUUAAUGCAAAUUGUUGAUCAUUUACGGCUUAAACAAGGAUGGUCAAACAUGGCCAGCUAAAAAUCGCUCCAACACCUCAUCAGAGAUAUGUUAAAUGACAAAAGUGUUGGAGGGAUUUUGAGAAGGUUCGGUUUAGAAUACCCACAUCAGAUAAAACAUAACCAGACUGUUUACAAUAUGAUGCUCCUGAAAGAGAAAUGUGGUUUAUUGAUAACCUAACUUGAAAAUAUGUUAAUUGUCAUAAUGUGUUUUGUCUGGCAACUAAUGAAAUGUAAUUGUAUUGUCUCUGAGUAUUAAGCUCUGAAUGUAUUUUUUGUACAAAAAACCCAUAACAUUCUUAAUAUAGAAAUAAAACUACUGAUCGUUGUCGGUAUUUGUCAUCUU